GUGACUGAUUCACAUCCGAAAUAUGUUCGCUGAUCUUUCUGGAAACUACAAUCUUUAGAGAAAUAACCUGGGGCCAAUACAUUGACAAUGUCUGAUUACUUUGGCAUUUUGGAUAGAAGAAACCUUUAGCAGCAUGGUGCAAAGGCUGAAGACAGAGACUGAUUUUCCAUACUGAGCGAAAGGAGCUUGAACCAGUAGAGGGGAAUCUCAACUCAAGAAGAAGGAUGUCGGGGUUCCUCUGGCUCCUCUGCACAGUGACCCUCAUUAGCCCCUCAGCCCAAAACGUAACCAGUGAUGCUGAUGCAUUUUUAAAGCAGUUUCAAAAUGAAGCAGAAACACUAUAUCAUCAAUAUGCUUUAGCACAAUGGGAAUACAAUACAAAUAUCAGUGAUGAGAAUGCCCAGAACAUGAAUGCAGUUGGAGCAAAGUGGUCUGCAUUUUACAAGAACGCCAGCGAGUUCUCUGAAAACUAUCCACUAAAUCAAGUGACGGACAAUAAUGUGAAAUUACAGCUUAUCCGUCUAGGAAGUAAAGGAUCGGCUGUGUUACCAAAUGACAAAUAUGCAAGACUGAAUACAAUUCUCAAUGAGAUGAGCGCCAUUUACAGUACACAAACUGUGUGUACUCCAGAUGGAUCAAAAUGCUUGGCAUUUGAACCAGGCCUGGACAGUAUCAUGUUAAACAGCCAAGACUAUCACGAGAGGCUCUGGGCCUGGGAAGGAUGGAGAGUCAAAGCUGGGAAAAAGAUGAGGAAGCUUUAUGAAGAAUAUGUGGACUUGGAAAACGAGGCAGCUAGGAUGAAUGGUUACCAAGACUAUGGAGAUUACUGGAGAGGAAAUUAUGAAACCUUGACUGAUGAUAUCAAAUAUAAAUACAGCAGGGAAGACUUGAUGAAUGAUGUGAACAAGACCUUCUAUGAGAUCUUACCGCUCUACAAGGAACUCCAUGCAUAUGUCAGAAGCAACCUGCAGAAACAUUAUGGUUCACAGUAUAUUGAUUCCACAGGAUGUCUUCCUGCCCAUUUACUUGGUGACAUGUGGGGAAGAUUUUGGACAAAUUUGUACCCUCUUGUAGUCCCCUAUCCAGAUAGAGAAAGCAUUGAUGUUACACCUACAAUGGUUGCACAGGGAUGGACUGUGGAGAGAAUGUUCAAAGAAGCCGAGAAAUUUUUCAUGUCUGUUAACCUGUAUGCUCUGAACAAUAACUUCUGGACUAAUUCCAUGCUUGUGGAACCCACUGAUGGGAGGAAAGCGGUCUGCCACCCCACAGCCUGGGAUUUGGGAUUGAAUGAUUUUAGAAUAAAGAUGUGCACUAAAAUAAACAUGGAAGACUUUCUGACUGUCCACCAUGAGCUGGGACACAUUCAGUACGACAUGGCAUACCACUACCAUCCAUGGCUGCAGAGAGAUGGCGCCAACGAAGGUUUCCAUGAAGCUGUGGGGGAAAUCAUGUCUCUUUCCGCAGCAACCCCCAAACACUUAAAAUCUCUCCAGCUGCUGCCUCCUUCAUUUGUAGAAGAUGACAAAGAAACUGAGAUAAACUUCCUGCUUAAACAAGCACUUACUAUUGUCGGCACAAUGCCUUUCACAUAUAUGUUGGAGCAAUGGAGAUGGGACGUAUUCAGUGGUAAAAUCCCAAAAGAUCAAUGGAUGAAGACCUGGUGGGAGAUGAAGCGAAGGCUUGUUGGUGUAGUAGAGCCUGUUCCCCAUGACGACUCAUACUGUGAUCCUCCAGCCCUUUUCCAUGUGGCGAAUGAUUAUUCUUUUAUCAGAUAUUACACACGGACCAUCUACCAGUUCCAGUUCCAGGAUGCACUCUGUAAAGCUGCUAAUCAUGUUGGUCCUCUUCACACUUGUGACAUCACUAACUCCACAGCUGCAGGGGAUAAACUACUGUCCAUGUUGCGACUCGGAAACUCAAAGCCUUGGACAGAAGCCCUGGAGAGCAUCACAGGGGGAACAAAGAUGGAUGCCCAACCCCUGCUAAGCUAUUUUCAACCAUUGUAUGAAUGGUUACAACAGAACAAUAAAGCCAAUAAUAGAUAUGUUGGCUGGAAUACCGCGUGGGACCCAUACACAGGCACAGACACAAGCAAUGCAAUCAAAGUGAGGAUAAGUCUCAUAGCUGGGCUGGGAGAUAAAGCGUAUACGUGGGACACCAGUGAGCUGAAUCUGUUCAGGUCAACAAUUGCUUACGCUAUGACCAAAUUCUAUGCUACUGAGAAGAAGCAGGUGUUGGAGUUUUCAGAUGAAAAUGUCCAUAUUUUUAAUGAAACCAAAAGAAUAUCCUUCUAUUUCUACGUUACAAUGCCUGGAGACAUCUCAAUUAUAAUACCGAAAGAUGAUGUGGAAGCUGCUAUUAGGUUGUCAAAAGAUCGAAUCAAUAGAGCUUUCCUACUGAAUGAUGAGUCUUUGGAAUUUCUUGGUAUUCCACCAACUAUAUCACCCCUUCCUGAACAAUCUGUCACAGUGUGGCUAGUGGUCUUCGGGGUAGUGGCUGGGCUGCUAGUUAUUGCUUUGGUUGUUCUACUUGUGCUUGGCCAACGGGACAAGAAAAAGAAAAGAAAGGCCGAUAGAGAAAAAGCGAUCCAGUCUGAAGAGCAUGGAGUUUCUGAGGUUUUGGUUGAAACCAAAGCUGAAACUGAUGACCAUCUUCCAGUAGCAGCAUACGAUAGUGCUGGGGAACAGAAUAAAGCCUAUAAAGAUACAGAUGACCCUCAAACAGCAUUCUAAGACAUUUAGAUGCUUGGAGACACUGAACCUUUCUAUCACCCUCAUCUUUACCUGUAAAUAACCAGCCAUAAUGGAUACCUAUUGGAUAGAGGAACCACUGGCAGAAUGUUGAAGAAAAUGUCUUAAAGGGGUUAUCCCAUGAUUAAUUUAAAAAAUAAAAUUGUACAUUAUAUACCGUAGUUCAUGACAAUUUAUUUCUAGCAAAGCCAAAACUAGCACUGUACCUCAUAUGUGAGCAGAGAUCUCCCCAUUCAUUGUUCCAGUUGCUCUGCUUCAUUAAUAUCAAACUGGCAGCUCAGGGAUGUGCCCUUUCUGCUGCAUCUCAGGGGUUUUUCCUUUCUGCUGCAGUUCUCUCCCUAUAACAGCUCAGGAGGCAGUUGACGUAUGAAACUGAGCAUGUGUGACCCCCUCAUUGAGGUGGACAGGGAAAUCAGAAAAACAACAAACAGCAGGUGGCGCUACACAGAUACAUUUUAUUGAAUAACUCCGUGGCUAUGCUAAAUGUUUAAUUACAUGCAAUUACAAACGUGUUCAGAUUCAGGUGAUGGUUUUAAAACUGCCUUUUUUUUUUUCCAUGGCACAACCCCUUUACCAGAGGUUUGAGAGCUUGAAUCUUAAUCAGAGAGUUGAUAAGAUCCACGGAACGUCCUUUAAUGAGGACUUCCGUGUAUGUGCGCGGAUAUAUUAUUCCAUAUGUUGUAUGCACAGUUUAUCAAUUUAUAUGGUUCAUUGUUUCCUUGUAAAUAUGAUGAAAACCUGAGCACACGUUUUUGUCCCACAUUUAACAUAUAUGUUGGGGGGGAUAAUGCAGAAGAGUAGUACACAUUUCUUUCCUGCAAAAAGUAUAUCCAGUAAAAACGUAUAUGUUAAAUGGAUAUUUUUUAUUUAUUUUUUGCUAUGGACAGGGGUGCACCUGGCCUUUCUGCUGCCUGAGGAGAAAACUGAAAUGGUGUAACCUAGCCCCUUCCCAUAAUCUGCCCCUCUCUACCUGGUGCUGCCUGAGGCGAUCGCCUCACCUGGCCUCAUUGGUGGUGCACCCCUGACUAUGGAACCCUACGGUGAAGGAUGCCACUGUCUGGCAUCUGUCUGAGCAUCCAUUUAACAUGUGUAGCGUGUGUAUACGUUAAACGUGGGACAAAAACCUGAUGUGAACACAGUCUUAAUUACAAAUGUAAUGUUCACAUUAGUUGUAUCCAUGAA